GUCCCGCCAGAAAAAAAACCGUUGAUUGAUGGGAUCGCGAAAUGCAGCGCAAUUUCUCAGUAAAUUGUAGACCGCGGUCAAUUGUGGAGGUGCUAAUUCAUUGGCAAAAGUAGGAAGAAAAAGUCACUAGUGUAUAGAAUUAUUCUCAGGAAUCAUGUAUUCGACUAUUUUACGCACAAACAUACCCCUGCGAGGCCUCACAACAUCAGCCACAAGUUCCCAACUGCCUUCACUUCCAGUAAGUGACUUCGAAGCUCCUGCGUAUCGAGGUCCGACGUAUGAAAAAAUUGUUGAACUGCAAAAGACAAGGCUGACACCCAACGUGACUCCUUAUUAUAAGAAGCCCCUGCUUAUUCAUUCCGGUCGAAUGCAGUGGCUCUUCGAUCAUGAGGGUCGAAAGUACCUGGAUAUGUUUGGAGGAAUUGUAACGGUAUCUGUUGGACACUGCCAUCCAAAAAUCAAUGCUGCCUUAGCUGAUCAAAUGGACACACUCUGGCACACCACAAAUAUCUACAUGCAUCCCAAGAUUCACGAAUAUGCCUACAGGAUCACUGAGACAAUGCCUGGAAACCUCAAGAAGGUGUACUUUGUGAAUUCUGGGAGUGAAGCUAAUGAUCUCGCAAUUCUCAUGGCACGUCUACAUACCGGAAACCAUGAGAUUAUUUCCUUCAGGAAUGCCUAUCAUGGAGCAUCACCACUCACAAUGGGCAUAACUGCUCAUUCCACGUGGCGCUUCCCACUUCCUGGUGUCAGCAACGGGAUCAUUCAUGCUAUGAAUCCUGAUCCCUUUCUCGGACACUGGGGCGGGAAAUAUUGUCGGGAUUCCAUCGCCCAGACAAUUAGGGAAUGCAACUGUGAAGAUGGGAACUCAUGUGAAGCCUCGGAUAAGUACUAUCAUGAACUGGAACAGAUUUUUAGAUUCUCCCUUCCUCGUGGGAAAGUUGCAGGGAUGUUUGCUGAAUCAAUUCAGGGUGUUGGAGGAACUGUGCAGUAUCCAAAGGGAUACAUCAAAAAAGCGGCUAAACUUGUGAGAGCGAAUGGAGGAAUUUUCAUUUCGGACGAAGUCCAGUCAGGAUUUGGGCGUACGGGAGAUCAUUUUUGGGGCUUCCAAGAACAUGGAAUCAUUCCGGAUAUUGUGACAUGUGCUAAGGGGAUUGGCAAUGGAUUCCCUAUCGGAGCUGUGAUUACAACUCCUGAGAUAGCUCAGUGCCUCGACAGAGCGCUGCACUUCAACACUUUCGGCGGGAAUCCUCUGGCCAGUGCUGUGGGCAUAGCUGUGUUGGAUGUUAUUGAGGAAGAAGAACUUCAGAAGAAUUCCAAAAUUGUGGGAACUUGUCUGAUCAAGGGUCUUCUUGAGCUUCAGAAGAAAUAUGAAAUCAUUGGUGAUGUGAGAGGGAAGGGUUUGAUGAUUGGGGUGGAAUUGGUUGAGGAUCGAAAUACAAGAAAACCAUUGAGCAUACCUCAUGUGAUCGAAAUCUGGGAGAAAUGUAAAGAUCUAGGUGUUCUUCUGGGCCGUGGAGGUCUCAAUGGAAAUGUCUUCCGCAUUAAACCACCCAUGUGCAUUAACACGCAAGAUGUUGAUUUUACACUGCAAGUCCUUGAUCAUAUCCUGGAGAGUCGAAAUGCGUAGAUUUCCAUCAAAGAUAUCUCACGCCUUUCAUUCUUCCAGACUCUGAGAAUAAAGCCACCAAUGUGCAUCAGCCAGGAUGAUGCCCAAUUGACCCUGGAGGCCCUGGAAAAAGUUCUGAUGCUGCAUCACAGUAAAAGACGGCGGAAUUCACUGCGAUAGACUUUAUAAUAUAAAUUAAGAAUAAUAAAUUGUGACUUUUUGACCUUCUUA